AUACCUUCCGUGAAUAGGUGAAACAAGUGCUGGUAAAAGCAGUGUCAUCAAUCUGAUUCUCGGGAAGAUCUUCUACCAUACGCACUAUUGAGUACAACAUCAACAAUCUGCGAGAUGAAAUAUGGCGAGAAGCCAAAGAUUGGCGUGCACCUCAAGCAAACUGGUACAAAGACUCCUGAGCCAAUAUUCCAGGAACUAGUAACAGAUGGAAGAGAAUCCUACAAGAAGCAGAUCGAAAAAUUUGUCAGCUUGAAGAGCGGUCGAGAAAAAGUACCUUACACGAAGAUAGAAUUGUUCUUUCCACACCCAUUGUUUAAGGAAGGUGUUAUGAUAGUUGAUAGCCCUGGAGUUGGAGAAAGUGACGUCAUGAGUGAAUUUGUCCUCAACUACUUGCCUCGUGCCUUCUGCUUCAUGUAUGUCAUCAACAGUUACAACGCUGGAGGGAUUCAGUCUGACAGGCUCGAAAAGUUACUCACCUACUCACCACCUCAAAACCUCAAGGAAAAUUCUGAGGUGGACCUUGCAUUAUUCACUGGCUGUACCUUGUUUGUUGCCAACAAGUGGGAUCUGAUUGAUAGGGAAGAACGCGAGGAAGUGAAAAAAGCGCCAAUCGAAAAACUCUCGAAGAAGCUUCUCAACCUAAAUCCGAAAUCCCAGAUCGUGUAUUUGUCGUGCAAAACUGCACAGUUGGCUCAGACGUAUGGUGUGAUCACAGGAGAGUUUAACGACUUAAUCGCAGGAAUCAGUAAUCUGGUUGUCUCAUCCAUGAAGAACAAUCUUCAAAAGUAUUUCCGAAAGCUUGACGAUCUCCUUGAGCACGUCUCCCGUCAAAUCAGAAUAUCACUGAAGUCAGCASAAAUGUCACAUCAAGAAACAGAGAAAAGGAUCAAAAGAGUGAUGAGCCGUAUGGAGGAACUAAAAAGCUCUCAGGAACGUAGAUUUAGUGAACUGAGUCAGCAUCAGUCACAAAAAAUCGAAGAGAUCAUAGCAAAGCUAGCGGCGCACUUCAAAUCAGAGGAAAUUAUCAAGAAGUUUUGCGAUUGGUCUGAGGAUAAAGUACCAGCAGCCUCGGCGUCAUGGCAAGAGACAAAAAGUGAAGUACUAAAGUACAUUUCGGAGAGAACACAACAGUUUGUUCAGCAAUGGGAAGAUGACCAACAUGGGUUUGCAAGAGCUCAGGUUUCGCUGAUCCAAUAUUGUAUUGAAAAGUACGAUGUAAUGGCAGAGGAAAUCCAUAAAGUAGAAGAACAAGGUUUCCUUGACGAGAACGAAGCAGACGCUUCACAGGACGAAGAAGUGACACAAAGCAACUCCCGGAAAAGUACCGCGCCAACAUGGCUUCGACAAGGCUUGGCAUCUGUGGUGGUUAGUUCUCCUCGAGUUCUCAGUAAGCUUGGUACCAAAUUAAAAAAGAUGACCCAACAUAAAACUAAACUGGAAAGCUACAAUGAUGAUCCAUAUAGCUACAUGUCAAAAAGAUCACGUAAAUGCCUCAAAGUCAUUGCUACCGAAGACCGCCUGCUUCCUUUCAUCAAUACACAACUGGAAGACGCUGUGCAGUUUCUGAAACAGAUCAAGGAGAAGAUACCUCAACUGAGGGAAGGCGACGAACAGUGGUAUCAGCAACUACUUGAAGACAAAAGAAGCAAGACUGAGAUCCAGGAAAUUAUGUCAGAAACAUCGUCGUGGAACAAUUUUCAAAAGGUGGAUGUCCCAUAA